GAACCUCCGCGCCCCAUCGCCAUCACGAUUUCUGUCCCGCUUUCCUCUCCCCCUUCCAAAGUGCGCGGCAACCCCGCUAUACCCCUCGGAGUGAAGGGUGUACAGAGAGAGAGUGAGGUCGUGCGUUACGUCACAUACACGACACGAAAUUCUCGUGUUCGCGAAGCGAAGUAUCUCUAUCCCGUGGAUAGGAAAAACUUCGCGCGUUGUUGCAUCCAUCGAGUAUAGACCACAACUCGGUUAAAGAGUUGAGACGUUUCUGUCUUGGGCACUCUUUCCGUCCAACCGAGAAAGAGUGAGAGCUCCUCCCCGCGCGUCAAAGAGGAAAGAGAUAGGGAAAAAAACAUACAUACAGAUAAAGUCGCGUUAACGUUCCGAACGUGUGAUAUACAUCGUGCCUAACGUCUCGUGAAAUCGAGUCUCUCUUCUGCAACCCCGAUCGUUGUGAAUAAACGGUUUUUCCUUGUUUCUCGAUGACUUCGUCGUCCAUAACCUAAAAAAGUAUUGCAGAGGGAAAGAAAAAAAAAACAAGAAAAAUUCUCAUAUAGCCUCCUUGUCAAAACUUGCAAGGGUGAUCGAGAAAAAGAACAGUGAGAUACCAAGUUCUCGCAUAAAAAAAAGAAAACCUUCAUUUCGCGUGUGCCUCUGUACGUGUUUGUGUGCGUGUCGCUCCUUUGCCACUCGUCGAAUUGGGUGUAUAAUUAUAAUAAGAGAACCAAAAAACCCGCGAAAUUUGAAUUAUCGCGUAUAACACUCUCUUCCUUUUUUUGUCUUGCAUUUACCGUUGAACAUUUAUCUCCGAAGAAUACGGGUGUAGCGGGGUUUUUCUGACGAAACUCGCCCUGCUUGGAAUCAAAAAAAAAAUAUAUAUAUAUACAUAUAUAUAUCCAUUUAAAAACGUGUAUAUAUUUCAUAUACACCGAUAUAUAUAUCUAUAUAAAUACGCAUAAGCACGCGUGUUUUUUUUCGGCGUUAAGAAGUUACCGCUAAAUUAGUCAAAAUUCCGGUCCCUACUAGGAAACGGGAAGGAGGCCAGAGACAAGGCGAUAAAUAUCCGCGAACCGGCGACGAAACGUCGACUAGCAGGAUGAAUAGCAAAAGGAAAAAUCGCUCAAAUCCUACUAGAUCCCCGCGGGCUCGGGGUCCACAAGAAAGAUGUGUCGUUGCUGAAGGGGUUUAUAACAAUGCUCACUUCAUGCACGCCAUUACAAGCCAUGUAGGCAACGUAGUUCAGAUACAAACUCAAAAUGGUUCGUUGUACGAGGGAAUAUUCCGAACAUUUUCGAGUCAGUUCGACGUUGUUUUGGAAAUGGCACAUCGAGUGGAUGGAACGGGUAAAAUAUCGGUCGAGAGCGUAGUCGAAAAACUAAUAUUCAAACCACAGGAUAUCAUAACAAUGUCCGCGAAGGACGUUGAUCUCGAUUACGCGAUAAAAGACACUUUUCAAACUGAUACAGCUAUUAGCAAGUUCAAUGGCUUAGUCGGUGAGAAAGAACUCGAACCUUGGGUACCGCCGAUCUCUAUGAACGGUGACGAACUCACCCUGGACGGAGCCUCUAAUGGCUGGGAUGUAAUUGACAUGUUCCGAACGAAUGAACAAAUGUUCGGAGUCACUUCCACGUUCGAUCCACAACUUGUGGAUUACACAUUGCAGCUCCAACGUAAAGACACUAAGGAUUACAAGGAUCAGGAGCAAAAAGCUGCCGAGAUCGCGAGCGAGAUCGAAUCACAACCAAAUCACAAAGCUCGCUUAGAACUCGAGAAUGGAGACGAGGAGGAGCGAUUCGCUGCGGUGGUUAGACCACACGAGGGUAAAUACUUGCCACCUGCCAAGAGAAAAGAUACAAACGUGGGAAAGUUAACACGUUCGACACCACCUCCGCCAUCCCCGGGACCCGUAGCAAGUGGCAAAAAUGUAUUUAAUCAACCGCCACCGACGGUUAACGUCAAUCCACAAACGAGCAACAUUCCAGUUGGUGGUCCACCUGUUCAUUCGCCUGUCCAACAUCCAGGAACGCUUGGAAUGGCGAUGCCACCAAGCGGAGUCGUGGCGUACAACACGCCACCUCCUUUUGUACCACCCUCGACGACUCAACCACCACCGGGUGCACCUAUUCCAUUAAUGACGCAAGUUCAACCACAGAAUCAGCAAAUUGCAGGUGCAAUACCACAGGUCGCUUUUCCGACUCAGCAACAACAGUCGCAACAGCAAGUACCACCGCCGAAUAAGUUGAACUUGGACAAACGUGAACGUCCUGGCAGGCAACAAGUGUAUCAAGCAGAUAAAGCACCACCAGCCCCGUUCCCACAAGCAAACGUCGCGGCAUCUCAUCAGCAGCAACAACAGCAGCAGCAACAGCAACAACAACAACAACAACAACAACAACAGCAACAACAACAACAACAACAACAACAACAACAACAGCCGUCUCAUACGCCAUUACAACAGCAGAAUUCCGUUGACGGGGGGAGAUGUGAAAUAUUGACGACGAAACCGGAACACAGGAAAAUACCAGCGCAACGCGGAAGAGAUGAACAACAUUCAGAGCUCCGACAAUUUUCGUCUGAUUUCAAAUUGGCUGAUACAACGACUAGCCAAGAAUCACUUUCUCAUCCUCGUAAACAUCAACAACAACAACUCCCGCAACAACAACCACAACAGCAACAGCAACAGCCACAGCAACCUUCGCAACAACAAACAUCGCCACCACAGCAACCGCAACAGCAUCAUCAGGAAGCUCAACCUCCACCUCAGCUUCCUCUUCCUCAUCAUCAGCAAGUCCAUCAGCAUUUAUCAACAGCCCAACAGCCACCAUCUCAACAACAACAGCAACCGCAACAACAGCAACAGCAGCAGCCGCAGCAGCAACAACAACCACCGCAGCAACAUCAAACUCCUCAUCAACAGCAACACCAGCCUGUUCAGGAAGAAUCACCAGUUACCAGUAAACCACCACCGGGCCCUACUCCACUCAGAACUUCAAGUCCUCCUCAACAGAUUCAACAACAACCACAACAACAACAACAACAACAACAACAACAACAACAACAACAAACGUCACCACCGAUGCAACAAGCACCGGUGGUCGAACCAGCUGUCGAAAAGAUCACCACUGCCUUUAAGAAGUCAACGCUCAAUCCGAAUGCCAAGGAAUUCAAUCCAAAUGCAAAACCUUUUACUCCACGUUCGCCGAGCACACCGACACCAAGCAGGCCUCAUACGCCUCAGACACCACAAUACUCAACUGCCGCAAUGCCAACGACGGUUGUUAUGCCAGCUUAUGUCAUGACGAAUCAGCCUCCUGGACCCUUCUCUCAACCGCAAGCCCAAUCCAUGACCAGGCUCAGGAAGGUGCCAAUGAUGCCACACAGAGCUCCGGAUAUAGCAUCGCAGAUGCAAGUAGCAGCUGCAACCGGUCAGCCUUUGUUAGCGCCAGCACCGUUGCAUCCACCGUUUCAGGUGCCUUAUCCAGGGCAACCAGCGUAUCAGCAAAUGGUACGAAUGGUUCAGGCACCGCCACCACCACCGCAUAUGGCCUCGCCGUAUCAUCAUCAUCACGAAUCGCCCGGUCCGCAAAAUCCUGGUAUACAAUAUAUGGGACCACACGGACAUCCGCAUCCUCACGUCGGCCAACAGCAACCGAGCCAGGCGCCUUCCCCAGCGAAUCAAAAUCAACAGCACACUCCCGGCGCUUACAAUCCACCGGGUACGCCACAACCGUCGUAUCCCCAACCACCCCCGCAAGGACACGCGCCGAGUUAUCCGAUAAUGUGCCCGAUUAUUCCGCCUCACAUACCUAUGGCACCUCAGCACAUGCAGUAUCUGCCACCUCAGCCCCCACCCGGAGCUCAACAGACGAUAAUAUUGCCUCACAAUCAGUAGCAACGGCGAUACACCAGAAGAGAGGAACGCUAGUAAUUUUUUUUUCUUGUCUCCGACCGCGAAAACACGGCGAGAAGAGCGAUGAGAGUUUUAAUAUCAAGUGAGGAGGCAAGAGAAAGGGGAAAAAAUAAUAAGCAUUUUGGUGAGCGGGAGAAUAGAGAGACACUGCUUGAGAAAACCUUAGUGAACCGAAAGGUCAACGUGAGAAUAUCGUCUUCAAGGUGGUGAAUAAAACAUGAGGAAUUGUUCUGCGCACCAUUUUGUGAUUACGAGAAACACGAUUUUCCAAUCGAUACGUAAAGAGUCGGAGGGACAGAGAGAGAUAGAGAAAGAGGGAGAGAGAGGAAUGGAGAGUAAACGAUUUUUCCGAGUCGCCAGAUGUUCAACGAAUAUUGAAACAACGAUAUUGUCAUGCACGAGAUUUUGCACGUUGUCAUUAAUGACUGUUCUCGUUCUACUCGAUCGAGCCUUUCGAUUCGAUUUUUAUUUGAAUAGACUUCAUUUAUAUUUAAUUAGAAGUUAACAGAAAGAAGAUAACUUUCAAAAGAAACGAAAAAAUCUUGCGAUUGUCCUUUCCCAGGCGUUCUUCUAGCACAUGUACCGAUAUUAUAUGUUUUUCACAAGGUACCGAGCGCCUGGGUCAAUGAAAGGAAAACAAAUUACAAGACGAUUCGAAAGUUUCGAGAGACGUUUCUUGACUCCAGAAACUGUUUCUCUUGUUUACUUUCUCUGUCGACGCAGCUUUUCAGUCGCGUUUUCAUGAAAAUUACUUCAUUCUUUGCGUUGAAAAAUAUUGCAGUUUCUCUUCUCCCCGAUUUUCCAAAGAACUUUUCUCUCAUCAUAGGAAUGUAUAUGGAAGAAAAAAAUCUUUCAAUUCAGUGAUUAUAUUCAAACUGCAAUCAUUGAAACGAGAAAAAAAAACAAGAAAUUUCACUUUUCGCUUGUACACGACUCACCUCUUUAAUUCGAGACGAUUUAUCGUUGUCGCAUGUUCUUGUUAUUUUUGCUGACCAAAGCGAAUUAAUGAGAUCAUUACACUUUUUAUAUCAUUUUCUCUUAUCUUAACUUCGCGUUCUCUCUCUAUCUCUCUCACUCCCGUUCUUUGUACCGUGUGAGGAUUAGUGAAAACAAGAUUCGUAUUCUCGUGGAUACGUUACAUCGCGUUAGCUCGAAUCGUCGCUAAUGUUAAGGGAGAAGAAAAUGAAGUAAUCCAAGGUCGAGAGAUCGUGAAAAAAUGACUUGUUUUCGCGAGAAAUAUUGAAAUUCAAUGAUGAAAAUCCUUUAUUUCGGACUCCUAUGGGAUUGAUAGAUCCGAGUGAAAGAGUGAAGGAGCUCUUCCAAACGAAGAGAGUCUUUCGUUUUUCUCUCUUCAUCGAUUCUUCGUUGUUCGAGGAACGCGCAUAGAGAAAAGAGAAUGGAUGAGUGUGUGCUCGUGAAUGUGUGCGUGAGAGAAAGAGAGAAGGAUUAAAUGUGAGAGAGACACGGAGUAAACAUUGGAGAAAAUAAAUAUGAAUGAAGAAAAUAAAAAUAAAUAAAAAUCUCCGGGGGUGUAAAAACUCGACGAAAACAUAAAAGUCUCAAUGUUAUAAAGGAACGUGUACAGUAUUGUGUUCGAACGGAGAACGCGUACCGUCAGCUCGUUUGGCUCUACAGCUUGUUGAUACUGAGAAUUUUUUUUUUCUUUUUGUUAAAAGAUGCUGAAAGGGGGACGUUAAAAAACUGGAAGAUUAACGCGAGUAGGUUAUACAAUCGAUUUUCCAGGCCGUCAGAGGAUUUUGCGACCACGAAAGUAGUGGGAAAAUACAUCAUCGAAUCGGUAAUCUCAAUCAGUUAAUACAAAGUAAAACAGAAAAGGUAUAACGAAAUACGAAACAAAAAGUAUAACGAAAAACGAAAUUGAAGGGAUUUUCCAUCAAUGGAGGGUCCAACUCAAGGUCUGUUUUUUCCGAUUUUAUGGAUUUGUUUCUGUUUUCUAAUCGGAAAAUCGGCCAUUGAGAAUUCACGUCCGAAUUCAUUGAUCGAAUGGCUACAGGAAAAUUCACACAUUUUCUUGCGUUUAAAGUAACAACAGGCUUGCGAGAUGCUCGUUAACUGAUGAAUGUCGCAUUAUCAAAGAGUUCGUAAACUCGUUAACUUUUCGAAUGUUGCUGAUUAUGAAGAAUGAAAUCGGAUAAAUAAUCGGAAUACACUAAACUAAUGACGAAUACAAGUUCGCAACGUCUAUGGCCUUAGACCUAGUCGUGUAAAUACAAUAACGACGAAACAAACGUGUAACGGUUAACGAUUCUUCCUCUGGAUGAGAUUGUCCGCUUCGUGGCAUCGUUAGACACAAAUUUUAUAUCGAAGAGAUUAAAAGGAAGAGACGAAAAAAAAUCAUCAAAAUAAAGUGAAUAAGUUAAACAAGAAA